UCUCUCUCUCUCUCUCUCUCUCUCUCUCUCUCUCUUUCACUCUUGUUUCAUACAUAUUCUAGUGAGAGAAACUAAAGCCACACAGAGUCCUCCUCUUCUUCUUCUUCUUCCAUUUCAAAAGUUUGCUUUUCUUGUUUUGGUGACUGAAAAAGAGAUAUGUACGUGGCUUCCAUGCGCAAGUCUUUCAAGGAUUCCUUAAAACUCCUUGAAGCUGAUAUCCAACACGCCAAUACUCUGGCUUCAGAUUUUCCUAGAGAGUAUGAUGGUGCAUGCCUUCAGAUGAGAAUGUCAUAUAGUCCAGCUGCGCACUUGUUUCUGUUUUUUGUUCAAUGGACUGAUUGUCAUCUUGCUGGAGCUCUUGGAUUGUUAAGAAUCCUAAUUUAUAAGGUCUAUGUCGAUGGAACAACCACCAUGUCUACCCAUGAAAGAAAAGCAAGUAUAAGGGAAUUCUAUGCUGUCAUUUAUCCAUCUUUAUUGCAACUUGAAAGAGGUGUCACUGAUUCUGAGGAUAAAAAACAAAAGGCUGUAUGUAUGGAGAGGUACCGUCGAAGAGAUGAUGAUGACUACUGGCAAUCUUCUGACGUAGAUAUUGAAAGAGAAGAUGAAUGUGGGAUAUGCAUGGAGAUGAAUAGUAAAAUUGUCUUGCCCAACUGUAAUCAUGCUAUGUGCCUCAAGUGUUACCGAGAAUGGCGAACAAUAUCACAGUCGUGCCCAUUUUGCCGUGACAGUCUGAAGAGAGUGAACUCGGGGGAUCUCUGGGUAUUCACUGAUAGAAGGGAUGUGGUUGAUAUGGCAACUGUGACAAGGGAGAAUCUCAGAAGGGUUUUCAUGUACAUAGACAAGUUGCCUUUGAUUGUUCCAGACUCCAUCUUUGACAUGUAUGACUCUCACAUAAGAUUGAAUUGGUACUACUUAACCAGAGAUUUGCACAAUCUACUCUUGUCUGAGUUACUUGAGUUGCUUCUUUGGAUGUAAUGGCAUAUGGAAAUUGUUUUCUAUCAUGCCUUUUUUCUUUUUCUGUAACCGCGUCUUCUCAGAAUUGUGAUGUAUAUUGUUAUGUGUAACUUAUCAGUGUUAAUUGAUGUAUAUUACUACUAUUUGAUGUA